ACCAUCAAGAACUUCUGCGCCAUGUGCACCGGUGAGAAGGGCAUCAGAAUAUCCGACAAGCCCCUCCACCACAAGAGCCCGCCCGCCAGCCAGAUCGUGAUGGAGCUCUUCGUCGACGUUGUCCCGGAGACCGUCAAGUACUUCCGCGCCAUGUGCACCGGUGAGAAGGGCAUCAGAAUAUCCGACAAGCCCCUCCACCACAACAAGGGGUCAUCCUUCCAUUGUGUAAUCCCCUAUUUCAUUUGCCAGGGCGGUGACUUCACUGUAGGUAAGAGCAUCGGCAGCGAGUUGAUCUACGGUGCCAAGUUCACUGACGAGAACUUCGUGAGAAAGCACACCAGAACAAGGGUCCUGUUGAUGGCGAACGCUGGGCCAAGGACGAACGACGCACAAUUAUUCAUCUGGAGGAUGAAGUGGCUCGACGGCAAGCACGUGAUUUUUGGGCAAGUGGUGGAGGAGUACGACGUCGUAAAGGCGAUGGAGAAAGUCGGGUUGGGGAGCGGCCGGACCUCAAGGCCGGUG